AUGUCACAAUUACAACUUGAGAUCCUUCAGCUAUUAGAUAAAGAAGGUGAAAUACCAAACUCAUUAAAUAAUUCACAACUUUCUAAAAUAAAUCCCAAUGAAUUACAUGCAAAUUUAAGUUCUCUUUGGUCAAGAGAAAUGAUUAAAUUUAAUAAAAUAGAAACUGAUCAUUGGAUACUUACAAAAGAAGCAGAAGAUUAUUUAAAAGCAGGAGCAACUCCAGAAAUACAAGUUGUUGAUGAAGUAUUAAAAGCACAAUUGGAAGGUUUAACUUUAAAUGAUUUAAAAACAAAAUUAGGUUCAACAGGUAUUAUAGGACAAGGUAAAGCUUUUAAAAAUAAAUGGUUAAAAAAAGAUGGAAAUAAAUUAAUUGCUGAAGUUAAAGAAUUACCAAAAGAUGAAGUAUUGAUAGAUUUAAAAGAAAUACAAAAAACAGGAAAAUUAUCAAAUAAAUCAAUUUUAACAGAAUUGAAAAAAAGAAAAUUAAUUAAUUUAACUAAAAUUAUAGGAUAUGAAAUUCAAAAGGGUGAUAAAUUCUCAUUAGAAAUUAAAAAUUUAGAAACUGAUAUAACUUCUGAUAUGAUUCAAAAUGGAAAUUGGAAAAAUUCACAAUUUAAAGAUUAUAAUUUUAAUUCAUUUGGUAUAAUACCUCAAUCAGGAGCAUUACAUCCUUUAAUGAAAGUUCGUCAAGAAUUUAGAGAUAUCUUUUUUGCAAUGGGUUUUACUGAAAUGGAUUCUAAUCAAUAUGUAGAAUCUGGUUUUUGGAAUUUUGAUACUUUAUUUGUACCUCAACAACAUCCUGCAAGAGAUUUACAAGAUACUUUUUAUUUAAAAGAUCCUAAAGUUGCAAAAGAACCUGAAGAUAAAGAAUAUUGGGAAAAUGUUAAACAAGUACAUCAAGAUGGUAAAUAUGAAUCUAUUGGUUAUAGAUAUCCUUGGAAAUCAGAAGAAAGUUUACGUAUGGUAUUACGUACUCAUACAACAGCAAUUUCAGCAGCAAUGUUAAAAAAAUUAGCUGAAAAUCCAAAACCAACAAGAUUAUUUUCAAUAGAUAGAGUUUUUAGAAAUGAAGCAGUUGAUGCAACUCAUUUAGCUGAAUUUCAUCAAGUUGAAGGAGUUAUAGCAGGUUAUGAUAUUACAUUAGGUGAUUUAAUUGGAUUUAUGGAUGAUUUUUUUGGUAAAAUGGGUGUUGAUAAUUUAAGAUUUAAAGCUGCUUAUAAUCCAUAUACUGAACCAUCAUUAGAAAUUUUUGCAUAUCAUAAAGGUUUAAAAAAAUGGGUUGAAAUUGGAAAUUCAGGAAUGUUUAGACCAGAAAUGUUAGAAACUAUGGGAUUACCUAAAAAUUUAAGAGUUUUAGGUUGGGGUUUAUCAUUAGAAAGACCAACAAUGAUAAAAUAUGGUGUUUCAAAUAUAAGAGAAUUAUUAGGUCAUAAAGUUUCAUUAGAUUUUAUUGAAUCAAAUCCUGCUGCUAGAUUAGAUGAAUUAUUGUAG